AUGCUCGAGGGCUUUUCGUGGGCCGGCGACGUCUGCGUCCUCGACGGCGGCCUCCGGGCCUGGACCGAGGCCGGCUUCGCCGUCGACGCCGGUUCGGCGCCGGCGCCGCCGCCGGCCGCGUCGCCGCCGCCGCCGCGCGCGUGCCGGCCCGGCGCCUUCGUCGACGCGUCGCGCGUCCUCGCCGCGAUCGGCGACGUCGCGCUCGUCGACACGCUCAAGCCCGCGGCCUUCGCCGGCGCCAAGGCGUCGCGCUACGGCCGGCGAGGCCACAUUCCCACGGCGACGAACCUGCCCUACACGGCCGUCGUCGAUUCGAGCUCGGGCCGCUUCUUCGGCGCCGACGCGAUCCGCGCCGCGGCCGCCGCCGCGGGCCUGAGGCCGGGCGCGCCCGUGCUCGCGUACUGAGGCGGCGGGAUCUCGGCCACGGCCGUGCUCUUCGCCCUCGUCGAGAUCCUCGGCGAGGACCCGGCGCUCCUGUCGCUCUACGACGCCUCUUUGUCGGAGUGGGCGGCGGACGACGCGUACCCCAUGGUCUGCCCCGCGGACGAUGGCCCAUGA